GCCAAACCCAAACAGUGCGGAGAGAGCUUGAGGUUCUUCUGGCCGAGGCGGCUACGCGGGCUUGGCCGGAGCGGGCCGGGCCGGUCCAUUCUGCGGCUGGGCGGGCCGUCCACCAUGAGUCAGGUUCUGUUCCGGCAGCUGGUCCCGCUGCAGGUGAAGUGCAAAGACUGCGAGGAGAGAAGAGUAAAUGUUAGAGUGAGCAUUGAACUCCAAGCAGUUUCUAAUCCAGUUCAUCGAAAGGAUUUAGUCAUUCAGUUGACUGAUGAUGCUGAUCCGUUUUUUCUGUAUAAUCUUGUUAUAUCUGAGGAAGAUUUUCAGAGUUUGAAAUUGCAGCAAGGCCUUCUGGUAGACUUUUCAGCUUUUCCACAAAAAUUUAUAGAUCUACUACAGCAAUGUACACAGGAACAAUGCAAAGAAAUCCCAAGGUUUUUACUACAGUUAGUUUCUACAACAGCCAUAUUGGAUCAUUCACCUGUAUUUUUAAAUGUGGUGGAGACAAAUCCCUUUAAGCAUCUUACACACCUUUCUCUAAAGCUUCUUCCUGGAAAUGAUAUGGAAAUAAAGAAAUUUUUAGCAGGCUGUUUGAAAUGUAGCAAGGAAGAAAAAUUAUCAUUGGAGCAAACACUAGAGGAUGUUACCAGGCAGUUAAACCUUACACAACAGACAUUGUCAGAAAAGGUCCAGGAAUUAGAUAAGUUACGAAAUGAAUGGACAUCACACACAGCAGCACUGACAAACAAGCAUUCUCAGGAACUGACAAAUGAGAAGGAAAAAGCCCUUCAGGCACAGGUUCAGUCUCAGCAACAGCAUGAACAACAGAAAAAAGACCUAGAAAGCAUACAUCAAAGAAAUGUUCGCCAGCUUCAGAACAGAUUAUCAGAAUUGGAGGUGGCCAAUAAGGACCUAACAGAAAGGAAGUACAAAGGAGACUCCACCAUUAGAGAACUUAAAGCAAAACUCUCUGGUGUAGAAGAUGAGUGCCAGAGGGCAAAGCAAGAAAUUCUCUCUUUGAGAAGAGAGAAUUCUACUCUUGAUGCUGAAUGUCAUGAAAAAGAGAAGCACAUUAAUCAGCUUCAAACUAAAGUAGCUGUUUUGGAACAGGAAAUCAAGGAUAAAGAUCAGCUUGUUUUGAGAACAAAAGAAGCAUUUGAUACAAUUCAGGAACAAAAGGUGGCCUUAGAAGAAAAUGGAGAGAAGAAUCGGGUACAGCUAGGAAAACUUGAAGCUACAAUAAAAUCAUUAUCAGCUGAACUUCUUAAGGCAAAUGAAAUUAUCAAGAAGUUACAAAGUGAUAUGAAAACGCUAAUGAGCAAAUUAAAACUGAAGAAUACAGUUACAAUUCAGCAAGAAAAACUACUGGCUGAAAAGGAAGAAAAAUUGAAAAAAGAACAAAAGGAGCUACAAGAUAUUGGACAAGCUCUCCAAAAUAAAGAGCAAGAGGUAAGCAAAUUGAAAGAACAGUUAGAAGUUACAGUACAAAAACUUGAAGAGAGCAAACAGCUUCUGAAGAAUAAUGAAAAAUUAAUCACAUGGCUAAAUAAAGAACUGAAUGAAAAUCACCUAGUAAGAAAACAAGAACUAUUGGGAUCCUCCACAACUCCACCUGCUCAGCCUAGCAACACCACCAUCAGAAAUGGAAUUUCUCCUAAUCAGAACAUGCUUGAUAACAGACUACCUCUUCCAAACUGUGGAAUUGGCUAUCCUGUUUCUUCCACAUUUACUUACCACAGUUCCUUCCCUCAUCCUGUAGCUUCAAAAAGCACUGUUCAUCCAGUUUCUGGACCAAAGGUUCAGUUUAACUUGCAGUUUGCAAAAACAAAUACUUCAGAUAUUCCUUCAGGAGGAUCUAUUACUAUACCUCGAUCAACUGAUAAAGAAAAUGGUGAAAAUUUGGGCCUGGAAUCCAAGUAUUUGAAGAAAAGGGAAGAUAGCAUUCCAUUACGAGGGCUUAGUCAAAACCUGUUUAGUAAUCCAGAACAUCAGAAGGAUGGCUCUUUAACAACCCUACAAGCUUCAUCAAAACCUGGAAUGCUCCCUCCUUCUGUAGCUUCAGCAUAUUUUCCUGGACAGUGAUCAAACCUUCAGUCUUGCUCUGUGAAGUAUAAGAAUGGUUGGUGGUGACUGAAGAUCAGCUCUUAACAUAGCAUAUAAACACAACCACUAUGAAUAAGGUGACUUUGCCUCUGACUUAAGUGACUACUGAUGACUUUACCAUUGCUAUAUGUGGAAAAUAUUAGGGAAGAACUAAAUUUGGAUUUUGACCUUGGUCUAGAUUUCCCAGGUAAUGGAAUAUUUAGUGCCUUUUGUUUUUAAGGAGCCUUGAUACCAUUUUUGAGGGUAUUAGCUGUAUAUAUUUUAUUAAAAUAUGGAAGAUCAUAACCCUUUUAAGUGAGGGUAAUUUUAAUAUAGAACCAAAGAGUGUUGAUAACGUUUCCCCCAUGGGGUACCUUAUCUAGAAAUUGAAUAGGAAAAAUUCUUAAGAGUUUUCAUAGCCUACUGGUUUUCUAAUAGAAAAUUUAAAGAGUUAUAUUAUUUCAUAAAGAUUGUUAUAUUGGAACAUUGUUGUAAGAUUUGAUGUAAUUCUUAUGGGCUCAACCAGCUGUUUAGCUGUGCAAAAUGCUUCUUGUAGUUGAUUCAUUAACACAUGUGACUCCCUUGAAACCUAGUUUGAUGUAAAAUACCUUUUAAAAAAAAAACACCUACUGAUUUAGUUGAUGUUGCAAAUGUUCAGCCAGAUUAGGCUGAAAUGUCAUCUAAACUAAGUAGUUUCAAAACACUCUUGGCAUCCUUUAUUCAUUAAGUUUUUCUUUAAUUUGAAUUUUGUUCAGAUAAAAUUUUGUCAAAUGGCCCUUUGUCUAAACAAUUAAUAGCUAUGCAAAACUUAGAAGUCUCGUUAGAAACUAUGUGCUGUGACCACAAUUAAUUGCUGCAAAGUCUCUAGGCAUAUUUUCAAUGGUAACUACUUUUUUAAAAAAGAAAAGUCUUGCUGCUUGCUUUAUUUAUACUAUCCCUUUCCCAACUUCAUUUUCACCAACAUUCUUCUCUUUGCAGUUAAUUCCUCAGAUAAUUUGUACAUAAUUGAUAAAUUCUAAUUCUUAAGCAUUUUAAAAUGCACAAAAUUAGCAUGUUUGAGAGCCAUCAAUGCAUUUUUUCUUAAGUGCCAGCAUCAGUAGGUGACAUUUUAAAGGAUUAUCUAGAAUCUUAGGUGAUUUUGCUUUAUGAAGCCCCAUCCAGGAUUUUGAGUUUUAUAAGAUCAUGGGAAAAAAUUAGCCUACCAUGUUGACAGUCAUCCCUUGAUUAUGCUUUUUAAAACUAAGAUAGUGUAAUCUUUAUGCCUAUGAGUAUCCUUUUUCGUUGAGCUAUUAGGCUUUAGUUACAAUCCUGUAAUCUUCAAGAUAUAAUAGUAACUUAACUAGAUUACAAUGACUUGAAUGAAAUGUGGAUAAUGAAGCAGCUUUUUGAAAGCAACUUUAGAAUGUUCUUUGUUGUAAAUGUUGUACAUAUUUAUAAACUCAAUGUGGGCAAUGUGUAGUAAAAUUAGUAAGUGGGGUUAUAUGUCUAGGCAGUCUUUUGAUUAUCAUAAAGGAAUUCAACCCUUUCCUUCCCCAUAACCUUUAAAUAUGAAAGCAGCCAGAUUUACCAAAGCAUUUUUUAAAUGCUCAUACUUUUUUUUUUACAUCUACUUGCUGGAAAUUUGCCAUGGGCUUUGUUCUACCUCUUAAACUCAAUUGUUUUGCGGUGUAAAAGUUGUACAUUUGUUUGUAAUCAAUGUAUGUUGCUGAAAUAUUAAAAUUCUUUUUGGUCAGUGGUAUAUGUUCCAAGUUAUAUAUAUAUAUACACACACAAAAAAUAUUGAGAAUGGCCAAACCAAGCUUUUAAGGGGAAAUGAGGUUGUAUUUGUACCAUGAGGUUUUCAGCAUUUUCUACUCGUACAAUAUAUGUGUGUGUGUGUGUACAUAUGUGUAUUCUAACACCUAGCUUCUUAAACUUCCAUAUAGGGUCUCAUAACUGAAUGUGGGGGUCGUGAAAAAAUUAGCAACAGUAAAAGGUUAGGAAUACCUAUAAUGCCUGGGGUUGCAUAGGAAUUUCUUGGGUGAAAAGGGGUCAUGAGUGGGAAAAGUUUAUAAAUACCCUAUCACACGUAGAGUGUGUGUAUACAUUCUAUGAAGAGAAAAUGCUGAAAACCGUAUAGUACAAAUACAUGUAUAUGAUGUAUAUAUAGACAUUAUGUUUGUAAUUGUGUUAAAAUUGAAAACUUAUUAACAGUAUUUUUACAACACCCCUGGUACUCAAUCAUGGCCAAAGUUUGAAAGUAAGCAAUAACCAGACAAAAACGUUUUAAACUAUACAAUAUUUUAUACACA